GAUGAACCUUGAAGGCGAAUACAACGGGUUCUUGGUGCAGUGGAUCGAACUGCUCGUCUCCACCAUCAUCAUCAUCCUCAUAGUGGAGGUCAUCCGUAGAAGACUGAUCCGUCUCGACGAUCAACGUGCACGCCGUCAUGGACUACAGGAUGCCAGGGAGCCUAUUGCGUUCAGAAUCAUCCAUGUUUGAAUGGCUGUGACACUACUCUUGAUCGGCGUUCCGUUGCGAAUUACCCUGGUUGAUAUCGUCAUUCAGUAUGGUAAGUUUGUAUAGUAUAUGUCUUCUUGUCGAAAUGUUGAGAGGCUGAUCAGAUUGACAGAGAGGACUAAUACAUUUCUACCUUUGGGGGGAUCAUUGAAUGGAUUGAAUGGAUUGAGUGGAAGGGAUCCGAGAACGGGUCACUUUUUGGCCCCCAAGAAGAAACAAGCAAUGCCUCACAAUCUAAAUGCAAGGUGAUUGGGGUGUUACAUAGUCAAGCCUUGAGAAAUGGAAUUACCGAUACCGCCGCGAAUGAAGAUCUUCCAAUGCAUUACUGCAAUGGCGAUAGCUUCCCCUCCGAUUGGCAAAUGCCUCCUGCAUGUCGAUUCCAGCGUCAGCUCAGCAAUCGCUAAGCGCCUUUCUGUCAGAGAAUCUGACACUAAAUAAAAUAAAUAAGUAAAUAAAUUUGACAGAGAGCCCCCCACACCCCGACC